UUUUCUUCAAGCUUACUGCAAGUCUUUCCACGGGGAUAAUCUAUUUAGAGAAUCACGAAAGGGCAUUUUCCUCGGAGCGAAACACUUGUCAUAUCCGCACAUAAAGCCAGACGUGUGCAGGCAUGAUGGUUUCGACUGGACAGCCACCUGAGGAAUUUCACAAGCGUUUCCUCCAUUCUGCUGGGAAACACCAUUAGCUACAAGUUUCCACUGUCUGUGUCAAAGCAAAACUAAACAAGGCAUACCAUUUUCUCACAUCACUGUAUUAAUAUCUGCUAAAUCAUACCUUGAGACUUGUACUCCUCAGUGAGAUAAGCCCCCUCUGUAAACCACACCUCCAGCUGACUAUAAAGUCUUCCUCUCUGAGCGGUCGCUCUCAGCCUCACACUCGCUCACUAACCCGGGGUGUUUUCUCUCCCUCUCUUAUUUCACCACUUCUUCUUUUUUUCUUUCCUUCAGUCUGUCUAUGUUGUGCUUGCGGUGCCUGUUUUCUCAGCAUGUUUUGGCACGGCCAGCUGAGUCUUGACAGAGAUCCAGAAUCACAGUAGCGCUUUCAGAAGGGGACUGUUGAAUUUGACGGAUUACGCCGAGAAGGGGAUCCGGAGGAGAGAAGUUUCUGGGACACAGGCGACAACAAAGGACUAAUUUUAACUCUGUGAUUCCCACCUGGCAACACCUUUAACCAUCAUCUGUCCUGUUGCUUUGGUAUCACACACAUCAGACUUUGAAACUUUGAUUUCAUGCCUUCCAACAUGUCUACAAAUUCGUCAGUCGACCACUGCAAAACACCCACCAACGCCACAUAUGAAAUCCUCUCCUGGGUGAUGGUUGGGCAGUUCACGCUCGGUCUGCCUCUCAACCUGUCCGUCCUCUACAUCUUCAUCUUCAGGUUCAAAUUCUGGAAGAACAAAAGUAUCUUCCUCUUCAAUAUUGUGGUUGCUGACUUCUUGCUGGUGGCCUGUCUCCCUGCCAAAGCCUACCAUUACCAAAACCACCUGAGGCGCAGCGAGAGCAAUCUGGAGUGUAAGGCGAUGCUCUUCAUGCUGUUCCUUAACCGGGGAGCCAGCAUCGCCUUCCUCAUCACCCUGUCCCUCGAUCGCUACUUCAACGUGGUGCAUCUCGGGCGGAGAAAUUUCGUCAAGAUUCUUAAGAAGACUCCGCAGAUCUCCAUCAUCAUCUGGCUUCUCUUGUUGCCCCUCACCAUUCCGACUAUGGUGAAGACCUUCGAGUGCUGCAACAGCCACGGCCGCAAAAUUGAGACCAGUUAUCACGACGUGACGGACACCUUUCGAGAGGUGGUCUUCUUCAGCCAGAUCAUCAUCCCCUUCAUCAUCCUCGUCUUCUGCACCGUGCGCAUCGUCAACCGCCUGAGGAAGAAGACGGUGGGGGAGAAGACCAAACUGAGGCGAGCCGUGUGCGUGGUCAUGUCCGUUGUCGUCGUCUUCACCAUCUGCUUCCUGCCCUGCGCCAUAGCCAGGGCGGUGCUGCUGAGCGUCAGGCUCAACGAUUGGCAGGAGGCGGAGAAUAUAGCGGUUCAGGUCUAUGACAGCCUCAUGGUUUUGUCUUACAUGGACUGCCUGCUGGACCCGCUCGUUUACUGCUUCUGUAACUCAGGGUUUAAAGACGCUUACAUAUCCACCUUCUGUCCUACGUUCCUUCAGAAGAAACUCAACACUGACUUUGGCUUGGGAACGACGACCACCACCAACACCAACACCAACACCACAUCUAGAACCAUCACUUUGCCAAUGAUAGAGAAAUGAUCUUAAACAAAGCUCAGGCCAUUCAUUUACUAUUGCACCUCUGCCACACAGAUAUAGUAGCAUAACCACUGGUCCACCCACACGGUUGUUUUCAGCUUCGCUGGCAGAUUUAACUGAUAGAACCGAAAUGUGACAUUUACUCGUAGAAAGGGCACAUCAGAUACGGUGAUGGCACACGCUUCCUCCGUAUAGUUUGUCAUCUGUGGCCAUCAGUGUACACGCAGCACGUGCUCAUGGUUUACCUAUUCACCUUAUUUGCGUGUAAAUGAAGUUGAAGCCGAAUAAAUCCUCAAAAAAAGUCAAGGAGGCGUCAGUUAAAAGUUCUGUAUGUGUUCACGUACAUGUACAUGGGGCAUUAAAGUGGAUUGUGAGCGGGGCUGUGAGACGGUCUGACUGAACUUACGUAGCUGCACAUUAUGCAGCUGCUGCCUGAUGUAAUGUAAAAAAUCUUUUUAAAAAGACAGCUUCAUGUUUAUAGAUUACAUAUAGUAAGUUUAUAUAUAUUUUUAUAUUGUUAUUUACUUGAAUUAAUGUGUUUAAUGUGUCAUUUAUUUCAAACCAUGUGUUGAGGUGCCAAUAUGAUACAGUAUUUCUGAAUAUGAUCCAAAGUAUUGUAUGUCGCCUUCACCUCGUGGUACUCCGUUACAGAUGAGAUGAAAACUGAAAUGUUUGUGCAGAUUUACUUCAGGUGUGUGACUCCUGAGCUGUUGAUGUUUUUUUCUUUCUUUCUAUAUUUUACAUGUGAGUACAUGAACCCUGACAUUGUUUUCAUAGCUCUUAUUCAUCACUCAGGAAACCAUAUCUGUGCACCAUCAAACCAGUCAUACCCGUUCUUGUUGUGGUUUCAGAGCCAGAUAUCGUGAAUUCAUUUUGAAUGUUUCAGUAUUUUGAAAUUACUCCUCAAAGUUUGUUUUUUAUAAAUUUCUUUCUGUGUUUGCAUGUACAUAAACUUCCUCAUCUACAGCUCAUCAGUCAGUAAACUUGUCUGAAUUCUGCUGCAGAAACUCGUCCUCGUCUACACUGUGUAUACAGUUCUGCUGCGUUGAUUAAUAAAAGUGAAUUAUUUGUAUAAUAACACGCCGUCUGCAGAUCUUUGUAUACUGCUGCUGUAAACACACACAGCACACAGGUGAUACAGAAUCUACGAGCGCCGGGUGUUGUCUCUCUCUCUUAUCGGCAAAACUUAACCACGGGAUGGAGAGCGCUGACAGGCAUUGAGCAACGAGUCUGACAUGCAGCGGUCUGACUGCGAAACCACCUUCCUGUUUUUCUAAUGGUGCAACGAGCACAAAGGCU